CCGCAAGAAAGUGUUCUAUCCUGUUUGUGACGGUAGACGGUAAAACGCUGUUAAAUAAUUCUUUAAACAACGCAAAAACGUGUGCAAGUCACAGAUUAACAUACGGGCUAAGUUAAAAAAUAGUUUUUGUGUACUUGCAAAGUGUAUGUAACGAAUUAAAGUUGUAACAAAUUUUCUAUCGAGCCGAAAGAAAAGAUUCUCAUUGGAUUCUGCUUCCUCUUCGGUUCAAUUUCCCCUCUUACCCAACAGCUCUUCGGCGUUUCAGAUACAUAUGUAUGUAUAUAAUUGCUAAGAGAAGUAGCUGAAAAGAAGAAAAAUAAAAUCAAAAGGGGUGGAAGAAUUGGAGCAGGCAGCUAAAAGAAAGAAGUGCGAAUCAGAGGAGUAGGCGAGUUCACUGCUUAAUAAAAGCAGCGAGCAAAAGCGUUUACGAAAGUAAGGUGCGCGUAAAGGAGACAACGCAAACUUUUCUAGUACUUGGGUGAAUUUUUGCACUCAACAGCAUUUUCACGGUACGCUUGCAUAGUUGACACACACACACGUAGCAUAUAGUAUUAAAAUUGCGUGCUCUUGUGUGUGUGUGUGUGCGAAAGGUGCAACGAGAUUGAACGGGUGUGAAUUGUGUAGGAGAGCAACGAACUCGCGUGCAAGCGUCGAGAGAAAGGAAUUCAAAGAAGACUGAGGAUAUAGAUUUAAAAUACCACGAGGAUUCCCUUUUUACGAGGAACGAAUUUAUAAGCGAAACGAUAAGUGUCUGAGGCCGGCAGUAGUUUUAUUUAUCUAGCACAUACCACAAAAUAUAAGUUUUUUCCAGCAACACAGGAGUACACUGUAGUGUGGUAGAUAAAACCAGAACGCAGCGGAUUUUCCGCCGGUAAAAGUGAACCAGCACUCUUCGUCAUUAUACGGCGUUGUGGAGUUUAAAAAUAAAUCUCAUUUACAUUAAAAACAGCAUAAAAAGCGAGAAAAUACAAACGAGUGUCUGUUAGGAAAAUCUUCGCAGUUCAUAUACGUUUAACAGGCAAAAAUUAUAUGCUGAAGCUGUAUUAAUUUCAUAUCUGGCAAAUUGAAGUUGAAAGUGGCCAGAAGUACCAAGUUUAAACAUCAGUCUUAAAAACGAAAAAUUCGCAGAAAUCAAAAAGUCAUAUUACAAACGCAAAAUACAGAAAAACGAGCUAUCAUUAUAUAAAAGAAAUUCGAGCAAUUGAUUUGCACACUCUACACAAUAAUACAUUUACAAAAGACCAGCUGGAAAAAUCGGCAGUUUACAACAAUCACUGAACUACUGUUUUAAUAUAGGGCAGAGUAGCGAAAGAGCGGUGUAUCUUUAAUAUAAAGAAACGAAACGUGACUUUUUUGUGCAACAAUACGUGGUUGCUGCGAAAACGGUAAUCUAAGCCGGUCAGAAAUAUUGUCAUCUGUGUAAAUCAGAUCGUUAGUUUUAACUUUUUCUCUCCGCUAACGUACGGACUAACAGCUGAAAGGCACAGUUACAAACACAACAAACAAAUAAACAAACGAAUAUAAAACACUGCGCACCGAGCUGCAGUACUUGUAAAGUAGAAGUGGUGAAGUGAGUGCGGCGCAAGGGGGAGGUAACGCUAAUGAGGAUCUACUGGCAGCAUGAGUACACUGGGGGGAAGUAGGGGAGAGCGAAAUGCCAAGCCCAAGUUCUCAGCACUCGAUAUAAAUCGAAUGUACAAAAAUAGUCGCGGUGAGCCAGCUGAACCAUCUGCACAAAAGAAUCAAGUGCCACGUAAACAUGGAAUGCAAAGUUUGGGCAAAGUGCCGUCCGCAAGGCGUCCACCAGCUAAUUUACCAUCCCUGAAAGCUGAAAUAACAAAUUCGCCAAAUACGAAUAACAAUAUAAUACCAUCAACCGGACAAGAAGUCAACUCAACGAGCGGCGGUCAAAUAACAGCACACACACCCACAGGCGUAGUAAAUAAUCAACAGCAGCAACAGCAACAACAAUUGAAGAACAUUAGCAACAAGUCCGCACUUGGCAAUAGUAACAACAAUAAUAACAGCAACAACAAUAACAUUAGCAACAGCGUCGGUGGCGUAAAACUUGUUAACAAUUCAACAGGUGUAAGCACUGGCGGUAGUGGCGGUCAGCAGCUGCGCAACUCUUCAGUAGCGAAUCACGCCAAUCAACAACAGCAACGAAACUCGCCAAUAACAUGGUCUGCUGUGACAACGGGCAACGACAUGACCGGCGGUGGCAAGAGCAGCGGUGGUGGGGGCAAAUCAUCGGUACCGCCACUCUAUCAGAGUCCACAGUUUCAAUACGAAUUUCCAACGUUAGAUGGCACAGUUGGCGGCGGCGCCGGUGGUGGUGGUGGUGGCAGCGGCGGCAACGCAUCGACCCGAAACAAACAGCACCAGCAACAACAGGAGCAUUAUCAUCACCAACAACACCAUCAUCAGCAUUCGAACCAACAGCAACAACACCACUAUCAUCAGCAACAACAUUCGCAACAAAAUCAUCACCAUCAUCAGCAGCACCAUCAUCAUCAGCCACAACAACAAAAUCACCAUCCACACCAACGAGACUACAACAACCAGCAGCAACAUGGAAGUGGCGGCGGCGGCGGUCGGCACGCACACGAUCAGCGUUACGAUGCUCACAAUUACAAAGAUGGCAGCGACGGAGACGGUGGCAGCGAUUACUCUUAUCAACAACAUCAUCAUCAUCACCGCGAGCAGCUGCAGCAACAACAACGCGAACUGAACGAAGUGAGUCUGCGUCCACAAAACGAUGCGAGCACCUGGUUACAGCAGCAGGAAAAAUCAGGCAAGGGCUCAACAGAAGGCCAGUCGAACCAACAGGGCCAGGGCCACCAGGCGCAGAAUGCAAAUACUGCAGGUGCAGCAGUGCCGUUGCCUAUCCUGCAGUUAAUGCCCUCGUUUAUGCAGCGCGGUGCACCAUUGCCGGCAACUGGCAGCGGUGGCGGGGGAGUUUCUAGUAACGGACCACGCUCUCAAACACCCCCAAACUACCAGAACGGCAUUGGUGGCAAAGAUACGGGUGGUGGCACAUUGCGCUCACAACAACGAGCGUCAGGUGGUAAUGGUGGUGGGGCGCAGGAUUAUCGCUCGGGUUCCCCAGCUGUUAGCAGUUUCCGUGCCGCAACUGCAAUACCCAAGAGACCACCACAAUUGGCCACACCUCCAUUAGGUGGUACGCAAACCCCCAACGGUGGUGUUCGGAAGGAUAAAGAAUUUAUCAUAGAACCAGAAGUGGUGCAGAUGCAACGACCAAUUAUACGCGAAGAAGAUUUGGAACGUCUAAAUGCUAUAGCCAACGAUGAUAGUUGGACCAAACAAGAUGAUAUAGAUUACACGAAAAAACUGACUUUCUCAGAUGAUGAAUCGCCUGAAGAGCAUACGCCAUCGCAGGAGCGCGAUCGGCCAGCAUUCAGUAAGUCGAGCGGAAGCAGUGGCGGUUCACAUGACCUACGCAAGAGCUCCAACGCGAGCAGCGUGAAUAACAGCUGGCAACGUAGCGGUAGCAUUAAGGACCAACGUGACAGUGCCGAACGCGAAAAAUCGGCCGAUCGCGAGGAUACGCGUCAGCAAAAUGGACAUCGUAGCAGCGCAGCGGGCAGUAUUGCCCUGGAUGCGGCCGUGUACGAACGUGUAAAGCAACGUAAAGAGGAGGAGGAACGACGCGAAAAAGAGCGACGUGAAGCGGCUGCCCGCAAAUUACAAGAACUCGAAAUGAAGAUUUAUAAUAAAAAGGCAGCGAGCGCAGCAGCUGCUGGAGGAGUUGUUGGCUCAACAACUGUGGGCUCUGGUGGGGACGCAGUAGAAUUACCGACUCCGCCACCAUCCAUCGGCGGUGGAAGUGAGGAGGAAUUCAAUAUGCGUCGCAGUGGUGGUAGCAGGGAUUACGAACGAGGCAACACACGUGCCGGCUAUGAUACACGUGAUGUGCGUGGAGGCGGCGACUAUGUGCGAGGUGAACGUGGUGUUGGCACUGGCAGUGGCGUGGGCACACAAGGUGUUGGCGCUGGUGGAAAACCUAUAUUUUCUGCACAAUUCCAAUCUAAUUUGCCGCCACGCUUCCAGAAACAGCAGCAAAUGCAAGCGCAGCUAGGCGGUCCACCGAUUAGCGCUGGCGCAUUAAGUGGCAAUGGCAAAACGUCCGGUCCGUUGGCUAGUAAUUUAGAUAAAGCGGGCUCGACUGCUUCCGCCUAUGAGCCUGGAGCAGUCCGUUAUAUGCAAAAGGGAAGUAAUGGCGGUGCAGGACCGUUGCAACGUGGUGGACGUGGCGAUUAUCGCGACAAUUAUACACGCGGCGGUGGGGGCUAUGGGCGUAUACGUAAUGACAGUGAACGCGACGAUGAACCACGCUAUCAUGGUGGACGUGGAGGACGAGGCGGAGAUGAUUAUAUGCGUGGCAAUGGUAUGUCACAAAAUCAGUUGUCACGCAGCAUAUCGGAUACUUCUCAACGUAAAACUAGUGUCUCGUCUAACGACGAGUCUAGCAAGUAUGGCGGAAACAGCAGUUUGAAUGAUUCAAAGGAGUUUGGCAGCGGCGCACUUGUGUCGUCUUGGGCUGAGGAGACAGAUGCCGAGUUGAAGCGCCAACGCGAGGAGAGUUUCUCUUCAACGCAUAGUCAAGAGUCACUACCCAUAAAAAUACUGCAACGACCACAUACACAGAAGAGUGUGUCGGAGGAGGAAACUUCACCACCUCAGCAGCAACUGCUGCAACAACAUACACACUCCCAACAACAGCAAUUGCAAUCUCAACAGCAGCUAACGCACCAACAACAACUGCAUCAACAUCAAGCACCGCAUCGGCGCAGCGAAAGUGAACAAACAACGCUUUUUGCACCUACUCAAAUUUUACGCCGCUCCGAGUCGUCGAGUGAUGAGAAACCCAAACAGCCACAUCAAACAGGCAGUGGAGACGUAGUCGCAGCAAGUAAAAUUAGCGAAGAGAAGAGCGCAACGUUAACAAAGCCGACAGCAGACGUGGAAUCUCAACAAAAGAAGCGUAAAGAAAGUGAGAGUAGCAAUUCCGCUGCUCCAAUCCAUUCAGGAGCUAGGAAGGAAUCCUUAUCGACUGAUGAUAGCAAGUUGCUGGUUGAUGAAAACCGUUCGGCAACAUCUUUAACAGCAGUAAGUCAACCGCAGCGUGAGCCGAAAAGACCUAGUCCACGCGGUGGCGCUGUUGGCGGAGGUCGUGAUCGUGAUCGAGAUCGUGACAGAGACCGGGAGCGGGGCCCUCAUUCACGCGCUUAUCCUGGCUGCCGUGGCGUCCGCGAUUGGAAUCCUCGUGCUACACGUGGUGGACGUUACUAUGGUCCCAAUGAACCGCGGUUACCCAGCGAAUCAGAACAUUCGGAGGAUGUCGAUGAAGAGGCGUAUGGCGGAGGUGGACGACGUGGUGAUCGCCAAAGUCCUAAAGUCCCACGAAAAGAUCACGGUGGUCACCGCAGCGGCGGCGAAGAACGUAACUCUAAGGAGGGUUUCGCUCCACGUGGUGAACCAUCACGUCGUGGUCGUGGAGGUGGUGCGAAUAUUGGUGAUCGCGUCGAUCGGGGUGAGCGUGGCGAUCGCGGUGAUCGUGGGACUUCUUCGUCUUAUAGACGUAAUGAUGGUGGUGGUAGGAGUCAAGGACGACAUUAUGGCCGACAGCCCUACGAUGAACAUCAUAAAGAUCAUAAGCGCAGCUCAGAGUCGGAAACAACAGGUGGUGGUAGUGAUGUUGAUAAAACUAAACAAAACCAAUUAGCACUUAGCGCAGGACUUUCUAAAGUUAAGGACUCCAAUGUGACUACGACAACAUCUGCAGAUGAAAAGACGCGCAUACAGUCUGGCGGUAAGCAACAGACUCCUCCACAAAGCGCAGCAAACACUCAACAAAGCAAGAAGGCCGGUUCAGUUGGCGAGCCAGAAAAAAAGGGUGCUCCCACCACUCAACCAAAACAGUUUGGUAGUAACAGCGGAGGUGGGACGCAAGCUCGCAAAGAGAGUACAUCGAGCACUAAAACUGAUGAGAUCGCCGAACGCGAUCGUAAAUCCGCUUCCAAAGAAAAGGAUUUACCCAGUGGCGCGGUGCAACAGACGCAACAGCAGCGCAGCAAUAGUUCGGCACAAUUGCCCGCAGCGCAACGUAGCAGCUCCAGUGUUGGUGCAAAGAAACAAGAUUUACCUAUGGCCUCAUUGCCCACCUCGCAAUCGGCAUCCGCUAUUGGCCCUAACAAAAUCAACCAGCAAUCGCAACAACAAACGGUGACGAAACCUCCACCCGGACUAGGGGGCGUCAACAGCGGGGGCAACUUCAAGCCUACAAACAGUGCUUCGCUGCCAAAUCAGAGUGUUGCUUCGCAACAGCAACAACAACAACAAAAACAAAACGUCGAACUACAGAAGAGUAAAUCAGAUACAAACACCAUUACAACGAGUGUGGGACGUCAACAGCCACCCGCACAGCAUCGGACUUCCAUCAGCGAGAUGGACAAAGCAAAAUUGGCAGCCGGCGCGAGUGAGAAACAGAAUGCGGUUGUCAGCGGGGGCAGCACCCUAUUACUAGAUGGUGCACCCGUCAAUACGAUUAUCUUUGAGAAUACCAACUACAAACAACAAGCGCAAGCAGCGCAGCUUAAACGCUCCUCGGAGUCUUUGAGCUCAGCCGUUAGCAGUGGUGUUAGUGUCUCCGCUGUUGAGACGCUAAGCACGGCGCUUUCGCAGAUGUCUUUCACCAAAGGGAACGAUUCGACACUGCCUGGCGGCGGCGUUGUGGUAUCCGCUGCGGGAGACUACGACAAAGACAUGAAGUUGGGCUUCACUUUUGGUGACGCCACUGAAACAUACGUCUCGGCGGUGCCUAACAAGUCGCCAAAUGAUAACGAAUCCAAAGUUGUUAGUGUGGUUGCGCAACAGGUAGCUGUCACCGCUGUCGGACAACAACAACAUCAGCAGGUGCACCAACAACAGCAACAAGCUCAGAAUAUUAUUUCAACUGCGGAUUUGAAUAUGAAAAUUGCGAGUGUGAAGAAGGUAUGGGAGAGUGUAGCGCCUAUGACAUCUGAGGCGAGUUCGUCAGCGUUACAGCAUCAACAAGUAGCACACCAACAGCAGGCACAGCAACAAGUCCAACAACAGUUGCAGCAUCAACAGCAGCAACAACAACAACAGCAACAAGCUCAACAGCAAUUAGAGGUGGUUGAUCCAAGUGGACAUAUGUCGGCGGCUGCUUCAUUUGUAGCAGCUGUUGCAGCAUCGCAACAGCAACAUCAGCAGCAGCAUAUGCCACAUUAUGCCGUCGCUGCUGUUCCCCUGCACCAACAUCAACAUCAACACCACUCCCUGUCCUCGCCGGGUCCAGUGCCAAGCGGCUACGGCAGUCAUGGCUCACCCUUCGACGUCGCCACACCACUCGAUCAGCAGUUCGCACAGAGCGGCAGUAUUGUGGUGGGCGGGGCCGAUGAUCCGACUAGUGUUGUUGGCUAUCCCAGUCCACAGCAGACCCAACAACAGCAGGUGCAGUCUGCUGCCGCUGCACAACAACAACAACAGGUGCUAAAACACCCAGAUGUUGUGAAACAGCAGCAGCAGGCGUCUGCUGCCGCAAAACAAUUGCAACAGCAUCAUGGCUCUUCGAUGGGUAUGUCACCACCUCCUAAUAUGCAACAACAACAGCAGCAACAACAACAACAACAACAGGCACAGCAUCAACAAUCAGCGGCUGCGCAACAGCAACAAUUGCACGCAGCACCGCCCUCCUUCUACCAAGCAUCACCACAAUUCACCGGCAUACCCAGUCCCCCAACUGUCGUGUUCAAUUCGUCGCAAAUGGCACCACCACCCUCACAGGCUGGCCUCUACGCACCAUUCCAUUCACUCGAUCAUUCGAGCCGUUCACAAUUCUCAGCCGCCGCAGCGGCACACAGUUUCCCCGGUCACUAUAGCGCAGCGGCAGCGGCCGCCGGUGGACCCUUUAAUGCAUAUACAAUGCAAACGCCACCCAAUAUGGCUGCUGCACCCACCCCCGAAAUGUAUUCCAGUCUAACGUCACAGUUUCGCAUGGGCGGAGGUCCAUCACCUUUCGGUAAUCCAAAUUCUCAACAGCUAAGCAAUCCCAAUGCACAAGCAGUGACGAUAAUUUCCUCUAAUUCCAAUUCGAUGAUGUCAUCGGUGGGUUCGGUGAAGCCACCACCAUCAUCGCAACAACUCGGCACGAUCGGUUCGAAAGGCGGCGGCGGUGGUGGUCCUUAUGCAGCGCAACAAUAUAUGAAUCUGUAUCCGGGUCCACCACCACAGCAUCCACAAGGGGGUCCACCUGGGCCACCUGGCGCACAUCAAUUGCAAUCGAAUAGUUACUACUCGAAUUCGGCUAGUGGACCGAACGGACCGGCAUUCUACGGCGGUCCACCGCCGCCACAAGGCGCAGGCGCCGGUGCGCAAAACUUUGGUCUAGCAGCUGCAGCUGCAGCUGCGGCUGGUCUAUAUGGCGGACAUCAAGGCGGACCGCCCGGUUCGAAUGGACCACAAGGCCCACCUGGUCCACAGUCGCAACAUACAAUGGGCAACUUUAAUACACCAUUUAUGAAUUCACAGUUACUGACGGCCGCGAGUAUUAAUCAAUUUCGCGCAGGACCAACGCCUCAGCAGCACGCAGCUGCCGCGGCCGCAUAUAUGAAAUCUGGACAAGGACAAAGUCAUCUGCAGGACUCGAUGGGACGCCAACUUAAAAGCCCACUCGGAGCUGACGUCAGUUUAAGCUUGGCCAAACAGGUGCAAUCUCAACCCAGUCCACCACACCACAAGAACUAUGGCAGCUGGGAUCUGCAAAAUCAAGUAAUGCAACAACAAGCACAGCAACAAUCUCAAUCACAACAGCAACAAGCCGCGCAGCAACGUGCUGGCGGUGUCGGUGGUGUAGGUGGCGGUGGUAACGUACAGAAUAUGCCACCUGGUAGUCGUGGUGGUGGUCCACCAGGUGUUCAAGGCGGUCCUGGCGGCGGUGGUGUUGGCGGACAAGGUGGUCAAGGACGUUAUCCCACUCCAAUACAGCGCCCUAACAAUUAUCCACAACAUCCACAAGGUGGCCCACAGUCACAGCAACAACAGCAGCAGCAACAACAACAGCAGCAAUCACAAGCAGGCCAAAGACCAAAUAACAUGCGGCAAGGACCUGGUGGUGGGCCACCCGGUAGUGGUGGUGGUAAUGGACCACAAGGUGGUGUUGGUGGCCCUGGCGGUCACAAUAAUGGCAAUGUAGGCGGUGGUCCCAACGGUGGUGGCGGUCAAGGUUGUGGCCCUGGAGGUCCAAACAAUGGUGGUGGAGCUGGCGGCCCCAACGGCGGUGGACAAAUGAAUAAACCCUACUAUGCGAACAAUGCAGGUGGCGGUGGAAGUCGAGGUAAUUGAAUGAGCCAAGCGACCACACCAACAUAUACACAUACACAUGCCAACCAGUAAUCCAAGACAGUAAGAGCAAACAUAUAAAUACAUAUAUAAAUGAAUAAAUGGAAAGCUCACAAUGCGUACUAAGAAAUUUAAUAAUUCUUACAAAAUGUAGCACAAACGUGAAGUUUGUGGUAAGUGUGAGAAAUACGCAAUUAAAAUUAAAUAUGGAAAUAUGAGAAUUACGUAAACAAUGGUAAAAAAUACGAAAAUUGCAGAAUGCAAUAAAACAAUGAUAAACAGAAAUAAAAGUAAUUAUUAUAAUUGUUUCAGUAGCGAAAAUGCGCAGAUGUGCAACAAAUAGUAAUUAUAAUGAAAACAAAAAUAAAGUUGAAAAAAUUGUACACAAACUUUAGUGCAUUUGGCAUAAGCGAAAAUGCGUUUUGUAACGGUAAAUGUUGAAAAGUGCCGCAAAAUAACGGCACAAUGUGACUUUAAACUUUGAUAAAUACAGAGAAGAGUGUGUUCAGUGUUAAUGCAUUAACUGCAAAUGAAAUUUCCUAACGGUAAACCAUAGAAAAUUUACUGUUAUAAGCGCAAGAAAACUAGUUUUCUUUUCGUAUAUGGACACAUGUGCAAUUGUUUUGUGUGCAGAAAAAAUAAACAAAGUUGCAACAUAAAAUUGUAACACUUACGUAUCCUUAAUAUUCCCCAAAAAACUCUGCUUCAAUGUUUGGUGAAAGAGAGCAACAAAAAAAGAAGAAAAAAAACUUUUAAAAACAACAAGAAUAUUAAAAAACUAUUUAAUAAAUCAAUGCAAAAAUGGAAUGUACUAAAUGUGCACGUUUUCAAGUGGUGUGUAAGACGUAGAAACCGGGUCGAAAAGUAUAAUGAGCUGGAAAUGAAAAAUUAAAAAUGCAAA